AUGACUUCUUCAUUCCCAUAUGCAUCCCAAGUUUAUUUUGAUUUAGUCAAACUUGGAGAGCUUGAUAAAAUAAAAGAAAUCAAAGAUAUGGACUUCAUCGUGACCGCUGUUCUUCCUAAAUAUAAACUAAAUUUGUACCAAUACGCUACGCUCCUUGGAAAAUUGGACAUUAUAAAGUAUUUUGAUUCUAUAAAUAAGGAUGUUUUCUAUUCUCUCGACGAACAAGGCAAUAAUCCACUUCAUUUAUCUAUCAUUUCUCAGAGCGAAAACAGCAGAGAAGUCUUUGACUAUUUCGCAUCCAGACAAGACAUUAUCAAAUCAUCAAACUUUGCCAAUCAAACAGUUCUUGAUCUCUGCAUUCAGUACAAUAAAAUCAAAAUGAUGUUUGAUAUAAUUCAGAAUUACGAUGAUGCCAGAGAACUAGUUAGUAACCUUAAUAAUCAGAAGCUUAAAGUAAGCAAUCUUGUUGAAUUCACCCUUGAUUUGUUACAAUCUCGUACUGAUGAUUCUGAAGUCAAGAAACUUCAUGAAGAAAAUCAGAAACUGCAAGCACAAAUAGAGAAUCUCAACAACGGAAAUCAAAUCAUUGAAGAAUUGAGAGAUCUCAAAGAAAUUAUUGCAGAAAAGGAUUCAGAGAUUAGCCUGUUGAAGAAUCUAUUGUAUCACUCAUUUAACGUAGAAAAACCGUUCGAGAAAGUAAAUGUAAAUGUUCCUGAAGAUAAAAUCAAACAAAUUGAACAAAGUGCUGUUAAAUUUUCUGCACCUUUAUGGAACAUGCUUAGCAAAUUCCUUCGUUAUUUCUGUGAUGAAAAUACUUGUAAUAAGAUUCUAGAAAAACAAAAUUUUGCAAAAUAUUCUGUUAAUUUGUUUGAAUUAUCGCUUACACUGGGAUACUUUAGUGCGAGAUUGUUCUUUUAUGUUGAUAAAAAUCUAAAAUAA